AUGUAAGUACUACGAACAGCUGAUUUUUUUGGAGUCCCCUUCAUUCAACAAAUUGAUCCAAAACAAUCAAUUUAUAAAAGUGCUUUUGGAGGAUUAGUUACCUUACUUAUUUGUUCUGCAAGUCUAGCAUACGCUAUUUGGGUGCUUUACUUAUGGCAAAACAAUUAAUUAAGCCCAAAGAUUUCUAAUUCUAUUUAUGUGUCUGAUUUUUCUUUGUUGGAUUUGGAAUAUGAUGUUAUAAAAUUGUAUUAUUGGAAAUUUGGAGAAAAUUAGAUAGACCCUUUUGAAUCAAAAAUAUUAUUGCCAUUAGUUAUGUAUACAACUAAUUUUAGUUUUACUGAGCUUUAACUUAUAUAAAUGUCAAAUGAAACUUCUGUUGAUGGAUCAAGUAAAUAUAUCAUUCCAAAAAUGAGUUUGGCAUUUUAGUAAAUAAAUGGAGAACUAUAUACAACAUCAGAAAUGUAUAUAGAAAUAGUUUUAUGUUAAGAGAUAUAUCUAUAGCCAAAUGAAAAAUGUGCUUCUUAAGAGUUAAUAGAUGAGUUUUUUAAGCAACCUUUAAAUACUGUUGUCAUGCAAGUACACUAUAAAUCUUUAGAUUCCAGAGAUGGAUCAGAAUAGACAAGUUUAUAAGAGUUUUAUGUUUAGAUUGAAAUGAAAAACUGUUAUACUUUAAAUACAUUUCUAUCAAGUAAUUUAUAUGAAGUUCAAGACUCCUUUUUAUUUGGGAUGCCUAAAUAUUUUGAAUAUAUUAUAGGAUCUUCAAUACAAACUUAAACUAACUCAUUCGAGUAUUGUAAAUAAACAUAUGAAAAUGAUGUUUUAGGAUUAAUAUAUAUAAUGAUGAAAGGAAAUCAAACUAAAACUAUUUUUUAAUAUCCACAUGCUGGAGAUCUCUUAGCUAAUAUUGGUUCUAUUGUAUCAGUUCUAUUUAUGAUAAAACAUGUAAUUAUAGUACUUAAUGAAUAUUAUCUUAAAUAAAAAGUACUAAACGAAGUGAUAUCCUUUUAUUAUCCAGAAUUUAAGAGUAUUAUGAUUAAUAAAAAUUGGAAAUAAAAAAUAACAAAGGUAACUUUGAACAAAAAGAAUUUAGAUGUAAAGGAGUACAAAUAAUUUUAUAAAAAAGUAAAGAAUUAAAUGGAAGUUAAACUAAGUUAUUUAAAUAUGUUAUAUGAAAUAUCAAGAAUUUAUUUCAUAAUUAGAUCAUAUAAUAAUAGGUAAGAACUAAAAAAAUCUCAUUCAGUAGGGAUAAAACUGUCAUUAGCAUCAACAAAUGAAAAUUUUCUUGAUUCAGGGCCAAAUUCUAAUCUUUCUAAUCGAUUAGGAAUGAAUCUUCUUGUUUUGAAUGAUGAAGACUCAAAUUUAUUAUCACUUUCAAUGAGGAAAUAAAUACCUAUAUUAGAUUAGCUAUAAUAGGAGAUUUGUUCUGAAGAUAAUUUUUUUGAGAUAAACAAAAUAAAAUGA